GCGGGGCUUCGGGGCAGGCGGCUGGUUUAAAAUGCGACAACGGUCGGCGUAGGGAGCGCGGCUUUUCCCGGGUCCGCUCCGUGGCGACCAGCCGGAGACCUUCCGAGAUGGAGACCUUGUCGUUCCCCAGAUACAGCGUGGCUGAGAUUGUGACUCAUGUUCGAAACAAAAUCUUAACCGGGGCUGACGGUAAAAACCUCUCCAAGAACGACCUUUACCCCAACCCAAAGCCCGAGGUCCUGCACACCAUCUACCUGAGGGCCUUGCAGAUUGUGUACGGCACACGCCUGGAGCACUUCUACAUGAUGCCAGUGAACUCGGACGUCAUGUAUCCACAUCUGAUGGAAGGCUUCUUACCCGUCAGCAACCUCUUUAUUCAUCUGAACUCGUUCCUGCCCAUCUGCCGCGUGAAUGACUUCGAGACGGCCGACAUCCUGUACCCGAAAGCCAAGCGGACCAGUCGGUUUUUGAGUGGCAUCAUCAACUUCAUCCACUUUCGGGACGCCUGUCGUGAGACGUACAUGGAGUAUCUCUGGCAGCAUAAAUCCUCUGUGGACAAGCUGCAGCAGCUCAAUGCGGCCCACCAGGAGGCGCUGAUGAAGCUGGAGAAACUGGACUCCGUCCCAGCCGAGGAGCAGGCCGAGUUCAAGCAGCUCUCCGACGAGAUCCAGGAGCUGCAGCAGCUGCUGAAUCAGGACUUCCGGCAGAAGACGACGUCGCUGCAGGACAGAAACGCCCAGAAGAAGGCGGACAUCUUGGAGAAAACCAAGCGUUUGAAUGAGCUGAAACUGUCCGUGGUCUCUUUGAAAGAAGCACAAGAGAGUUUGAAAACAAAGAUUGUGGAUUCUCCAGAGAAGUUAAAGAAUUAUAAAGAAAAAAUGAAAGACACAGUCCAGAAGCUUAAAAAUUCCAGGCAAGAAGUGAUGGAGAAGUACGAGGUGUACCGCGACUCGGUGGACGGCCUGCCCUCCUGCCAGCUGGAGGUGCAGUUGUACCAGAAGAAGAUACAGGACCUGGCCCAGAACAGGGAGACGCUGGCCGGGGUGUUGAAGGAGAACCUGCGCCUGGAGGACCAGAUCGAGAGCGGAGAGUCGGAGCUGAAGAAGCUGAAGGCCGAGGAGAACUCCAUGCGGAGGCUGCUGAACGCGAAGAAGGAGAAGCUCGCCACGGUGCAGUUCCGCAUCAACCAGAAGCACGAGGGCGUCGAGCAGCACAAGCGCGCGGUGAUCGAAGAUUGCAAUAAAGUUCAAGAAAAAAGAGGUGCUGUCUACGAGCGAAUAACCACAAUUAACCAGGAAAUCCAGAAGGUUAGGUUUGCCAUCCAGCAGCUGAAGGACACCACGGAGCGGGAGAGACGCAAGUCCCAGGAAAUAUUUCUGAGCCUGAAGGGGGCCCUGGAGAAGUACCAGGAAGGCGUCGGGAGGGCGGCGGAGGAGGGCCGAGCCGAGCUGCAGGGCAAGGCCGCCGAGCUGAAGCGGAGGAUGUCCGCCCUGCCCACCUGACCGACCCCUGGCGAGUCUGAGCAGCGUGAGCAGCUUACUGUGCUCCGUACCUAAAGUCAGAGUUAAUGGAAGCAUCAGAAGUACUAAAGUUUGGCUCAGUCAUUUUUGUAUCCUCAUGGGCUGUUAUUUGUAGGGUAAUGCAUUCAAUGUGGACUUCUGCUAACUUGUCAUAGAGCUGCGCACCUGGCCAUGGCUGGGUCCCGCCCCUUCCUCUCGGCAGGGCACAGAGGUCGGCUGUGUUUCUCUGCACCCAUAACGAACAAUCAGGAGAUGUUAAGAAAAUCCCAUUAACAGUUGUAUCAAAAAGCAUAAAAUUCCUAGGAAUGAAUUGAACCAAAGAGGUGAAAGACUUGUACUCUGAAAACUAAGAUGUUGAAGAAGAGCUGAGCAAGAUGCCCAUUAAAACACCAGUGGCAUUUUCUGAACAGCUGUUCUCAAGUGUAUGGAGCCACAGAGGACCCCAAAUACCCAAAGAAAUUUUAAGAACAAAGUGGGAGGUAGCAGCUCCGUGGUACCAAACUACAUUACAAAGCUGCAAUAGUCAAAACAGUGUGGCAUGAAACCGAUCACAGGAAUAAGUCCUUGCUUGUGGGGCGUCUCCAGCCAGGGGGAGAACACACAGUGGGGUCAAGGCAGUCCAGAAAGUGGUGCUGGGAAACUGGAUCACUUGCUUGUAGCAAUAAAAAAAGAUCUUCU